AUGAGUGUGGCAUACGAACCCCGGAACUUCAUACACGAUGGCAGCUAUCCGCCCAUCGGCGACACGCACGAUAUGACGGACCUGCAGGGCGUUCACGAGGUUCACGAUGUCCAUGAAAGCCAUAACGUCCACGAAGCUCAUGACGUUCACGAACAUCACGAAGUUCAUGAAACCCAUGAUUUGCCCGAUGUCCACGAUGUUCACGCGGUCCACGAGCUGCAAGCGGCACAGGGCGUGGCAGACGUAACCGAUGUUACCGACCUGCAAGACGCUCAUGAGCUGCACGAUCCGCACAAUGUUCACGACGUUCAGCACGAGGUUCACGAAGUCCAUGAUGUACAUGACGUCCACGACGUCCACGAGCUGCAGGCAGACGAUGGCGCACGUUUCGACGAUGCAGAUGUGGUAACCGAGUUGGCAGCUGCAGUCAACGGCUAUCAUGACCACGCACCUGAGCCGUUGAUGGGAGAGCCGGAACAAAGGAUGGUUUUGGUACAUGGCCUUCCCGAUGUGCCGGAGCCACCACAGAUGUCUCCAGAGAUGGUGGUGAAAGAAGCCGAGUCGCCUCAACCGACAGGAGCACCAAGGAUGAAGGCAAUACCCAAGCCUGCCCGCCAAGCCACAAAGAACCUGACCGGAAAAUUCAUCUGCACAUGGCCGAACUGCAAUGAAGAGAUUCGAGAAUUCAGUCGCAAAUGUGAAUGGAACAAACACAUGGACAAGCACGACAGGCCGUAUAAGUGUACGGCAGAAGGCUGCGAAAAGCUUCCGGGCUUCACUUACUCUGGUGGCCUCCUGCGUCAUGAGCGCGAGGUUCACGCAAAGCACGGGGGGCCCAAGAACCCUCUCAACUGCCCUCAUCAAACCUGCAAGCGCCACACGGGCAAGGGCUUCUCGCGCCAGGAGAACCUCAACGAGCACCUGCGGCGGUGUCACCGGAAUGGUUCCCCAUCUAACGCAGAUGGCGACACGGAUGACGCGGCAAGUGAGACGGGUGCCAAGCGGAAACGCGAGACCGAGGAUGACGUUGCCGAGCUGCGUGCCGAAGUCAAGAAGCAGCGACUCGAGAACGAGGAGUUGCGGCAAAAACUCGACACCCAGACGCAACAGAUCGCCGCCAUGAUGCAGCAAAUCACAGAUCUCCAAGCACGCGACCUAAUGUAG